AUCUUCGCUUACCUACCCUUAUCAGUCUUAUGUUAUUAAUAUUAAUGUUCCCAUUUACAAGCGUACUUCAAGUAUAGUAUCAUUUAUAUAGAGCUCGGAUAAAGGAAAUGUUAAUUUGUUAUGUAAGCAGCCGCCCUAUCGUAUAGAAUCGUAGAGUGGACAGUGAUCUCGGUGAGUUGGUGUCUCUCCUGUAGCACAUCAUGAGAUGACAGCAGAUAGAGGCUGCAAGCAAAUUAUCCCUCGUUAAUCAGAUGAUGUUGAGAGCACAGCUCUGAGAUUGAACAGCACUUGACUAACGUGUACAACAGUCCUCCGCAGCAAUGUGCGCGGCAGUUGUCGGGCCGGACAUCUCCCGGCGAAACCCACAGGAGGAUUUCGAGCUGAUUCAGCGAGUCGGCAGUGGGACGUAUGGCGACGUGUACAAAGCGCGCCACAUAGACACUGGCGAGUUAGCGGCUAUCAAAGUUAUCAAGCUGGAGCCAGGUGAUGACUUCUCCAUCAUCCGUCAGGAGAUUCUGAUGAUGAAGGACUGCAAGCAUCCCAACAUCACGGCUUACUACGGCAGUUACCUGCGACGCGACAAACUCUGGAUAGCCAUGGAAUACUGCGGUGGUGGAUCGCUCCAGGACAUCUACCACCUGACGGGCCCGCUCUCCGAGGCGCAGAUCGCGUUCGUCAGCAAGGAGACGCUUCACGGCCUCGCCUACCUGCACAGCAAGGGCAUCAUGCACCGCGACGUUAAGGGCGCCAACGUGCUACUCACCGACGACGGCGACGUCAAGCUCGCCGACUUCGGCGUGUCCGCGCAGAUCACGCAGACGCUCUGCAAGCGGCGGUCGUUCAUCGGCACGCCGUACUGGAUGGCGCCGGAGGUCGCCGCCGUCGAGCGCAAGGGAGGCUACAACCAGCAGUGUGACAUCUGGGCGGUGGGCAUCACGGCGAUCGAACUCGCCGAGCUGCAGCCGCCGAUGUUUGAUCUGCAUCCGAUGCGUGCGCUCUUCCUGAUGUCGAAGAGCGGGUUUAAGCCGCCCGAGCUGAAAGACCGCGUGAAGUGGUCGGCGGGGUUCCACGCGUUCGUCAAGGUGGCGCUGACGAAGAAUCCGAAGAAGCGGCCGACGGCCGACAAGCUUCUGCAGCAUCCGUUCCUGCAGGGGGCACUGCUGAAGCGACUCGCGAAGGAGCUGCUCGACCGCGUCAACAACCCGACGCAGCUCGCGUUCACGGCCGCCGACGCCGAGACGGACGACGAGGGCACGGUCGCCAACGUGCCGCGCCGCAUCCCGUCGCGCGAGCCACGCGGCAUCGGCGGCGGCGGCGGCGGCGCGGCGCGGAGCCCGGACGCGGGCGGUUUCGGCGUCGACCCGGUGACGCUGACGCGGGAGCCGCCGCCGCCCGCCGCGCUCGCCGGAAUCUACGACAACCUGCAGUGGCAGCGGCGGCGCAGCGACCCGGCCGCUCACGAGGGGGCGCUGGCGUCGCCGCAGCAGCAGCCGGCGGCGGCGGGCAGCCCCGCGUAUGGCGAGCGGGACUUUGUCGUCUCGCAGCAGUCGACACUGCCGAUGGACGCUGGGGCGGCGGACGCGGGGUCGCCGACGUCGGCCGCCGCCACGGGACUCGAAAACGGCGGCGGGGGCGUCGUCGACGAGAUGGCGACGCUGACCUUUGACACGCCGCCGCCGCCGCGCGACCCCGAUGACACGGACGACGACGACGACGCCGACGUGAACAUCCACGGCAGCGAGACGCUCGCGCCGGGCGCGGGGCGACGUCCCGCGCCAAUCAGCACGGCCGCGGACCCGCAGUCGGACAUCUACAACGGGCUGCCGCCGACGCCGCAGGUGCACAUGGGCGCGUGCUUCCUGAAGGUAUUCAACGGCUGUCCGCUGCGCAUCAGCUGCACGUCGAGUUGGACGAAUCCGGAGACGCGAGACCAGCACAUCCUGAUCGGCGCCGAGGAGGGCCUGUACACGCUCAACCUGAACCAGCUGCACGAGACGACGAUGGACCAGCUGCAUGCGCGCCGCUGCCUCUGGGUGUACGUCAUCAACAACGUGAUGAUGACGCUGUCGGGGAAGAGCCCGCAGCUGUACCGGCACGACCUGACGAUGAUGCACACGCGGCAGCAGAACCGCUUCUCGCUGCCGAUGAACCGCAUCCCGGGGAAACUCGUGCCGCGCAAGUACAUCACGACGGCGAAGGUGCCCGACACGAAGGGCUGCGUGCGUUGCUGCGUCGGCCGCAACCCGUACAACGGAUACCGAUACCUGUGUGGAGCGACACCGACGGGCAUCGUGCUGCUGCAGUGGUACGAGCCGCUGAGCAAGUUCAUGUUGCUCAAGCAGUUCGACUUCCCCGUGCCGUACACGCUGCGCGUCUUCGAGAUGAUCAUCACGCCCGACCAGGAGUACCCGGUCGUCUGUUACAGCGUGCACAAGGGCGCCGACCGCAACCACCUCAAGAUGGACAUGGUCAACCUGAACUCGGGCUCGCACUGGUUCGGGGAGACGCGCGAGGACGCGGGCGGCGGCGGGGAACAGCUGGAUGUGAUCAGCGUCGCCCAGCUGGAGAAGGACACGGUGCUCGUCUGCUUUGACAACAUGGUGAAGAUCGUCAGCAUGCUCGGCCGGCUGAAGUCGGGGCACCGGCGCGCGAGCGAGCUGCACUUUGACUUCCAGGUGCAGUCGCUCGUCUGCCUCGCGGACAGCGUGCUCGCGUUCAACCCGCACGGCAUGCAGGGCCGCUCGCUGCGUGAGAACGAGGUCACGCAGGAGAUCUACGACAAGUCGCGCAUCUUCCGCCUGCUCGGCAGCGACGGCGCCAUCGUACUGGAGAGUCGGCCGACCGACGACCCAGCGGCGCCCUCCGACCUAUACAUCCUUGCCGGACACGAGAACAGCUACUAGAGAGCGCUCCUACUAGGGUCGUUUCCCCUCGUCGGGCGAGAACAGCAGGGGAUCUUAACCUGUGAUCCACGGACCCCUUGGGGACCCCUUUGGGGUCCGUGGAUGGGUUUCAGUGGGUCCGUGAACCCCAUUGUAUGCAAAAAAAUUU